ACAGCAUAUACACUAUAUUGCCAAAAGUAUUGGGACACCCCUCCAAAUCAUUGGAUUCAGGUGUUCCAAUCACCUCCAUUGCCACAGGUGUAUAAAAUCAAGCACCUAGGCAUGCAGACUGCUUCUACAAACAUUUGUGAAAGAAUGGGUCGCUCUCAGGAGCUCAGUGAAUUCAAGCAUGGUACCAUGAUAGGUUGCCACCUAAUAAUACCACCUGUAAUAAGUCCUAAAUAUUCCACGGUGAACGGUUAAUGCUACUAUAACAAAGUGGAAGCAACUGGGAACAACAGCAACUGAGCCACGAAAAUGACAGAGUCAGCAUAUGCUGAAGUGCACAGUGCGCAGAAGUCAUCAACUGUCUGCA